GCCUCCAGCGCUGCUGCCGCCGCCGCCGCUGGCCGCCUCGCCCUCCGGCCCUGGCCUCCACCGCGGGCAGGCGACUUGAGCCGCGCGCAGAAGCUUGGCGAGGGCAGGUUCGGGACCGGGCUCCUUCCCCGCUGCCGACGGCAAGGUGGACCGCGUCGCCGUCGCCGUCAAGCGCCUCAACCAGCGCAACCCAGGAGGCCGGCCGCCUCACCCGCCAGCACCCGCCCACGACGUCUGCGCCCUCCCCGCGCCCGGCCUCCAGCGUCGCCGCCGGUGCCGCCCGCCCCCACGCACGCAUUGCCACCUCUGCCCGUCGGCUUUAGAGAAUCGAAGGGGUUUUAGAGGAAUUUUGUUGGGACUGAAACAAGAAAGCAGUUGUUGAGAGCUCAUUGAACAAAAAUAGGCGGAGUUGAUUGUUUGACGAGUUCACAGUGAGCAUUUACGCAGUAAGGGUUCAAAUUUUCAUCAAAUUAGGAUUCCCUCCACCGGCACAGCAAGUAUGGGUGAUGAUCGCCGGUGGAUGUAUGAUGGUUGGAAUAGAAAUCAGGCUCACUCAGAUGAAUGGAUAGCUAAGAGUAAUGAUUUUAUCAAUCGUGCCUUCUCUUUGUCAACUAUCGAUAAGAUUCGGUGUCCAUGUAAAUGUCAGAACGCGAAACUGUUUGACAAGUUCACAGUGAGCAAACAACUAUGUCGCAAUGGUUUCGUGCCAGAUUAUGAAACAUGGGUGUUUCAUGGCGAGAAAUACAGUACAGUUGCAGUAGAAGAGGAGGAGAAUGAUUGGGAGGGCAUUGAUAGGAUGGACGAGAUGCUUGACGAGAUGCAGCUAGAAUUCAACCUGAACAGUGAGGAUGAGCCAACGCCGGAGGUUACUGAGUUCUUCAGGCUCCUGAAAGCUUCAGAAGAGCCAUUACAUGAACACACGAAAGUGACCUUACUCGCUUUCGUGACCCGGCUCAUGGCUAUUAAGUCCAAGUUUUUUUUCUCCAACAAUUGCUACAACGAGCUCAUGAAAUUAUUUGGGGAUGUCCUUCCGCAGCCUCAUAUGCUGCCAAAAGACAUGUAUCAAUCCAAGAAACUACUGAAAGGGCUCGGUAUGCGUUAUCGGAAGAUUGAUAUCUGUCCAGAUAACUGCAUGCUUUUCUGGAAGGAGCACAAGAGAGAGCAGAAGUGCUUGAAAUGUGGCAAAGCGAGGUACAUCGAGGUCGUAAAUGAUGACGGUGAAACGGUGACAACGGAGGUUGCACAUAAGCAACUUCGUUACAUGCCCAUUACACCUCGACUGAAACGACUGUUUCUCUCAAGAAGAAUGGCCAUGCACAUGCGGUGGCACAAAGAAGGUGAGCAGGAGAACAAUGAAGUGAUGGUGCACCCUUCAGAUGGAGAUGCGUGGAAGGCUCUAGAUAGUUUUGAUCCAAAGUUUGCUAAGGAUGCGAGAAAUGUUCGCAUUGGGCUAGCGACUGAUGGCUUCAGACCUUUUGGUCAAACUGCUGCGUCCUACUCCUGUUGGCCCGUGUUUGCUAUUCCGUACAAUCUUCCUCCAUCUCUUUGCAUGAAGUAUGAAUUUAUGUUUCUCUGCCUCGUCAUACCAGGUCCAGAACAUCCUGGACCAAAACUCAACGUGAUGCUGAAACCCUUGAUUGAAGAGUUGCAAGAGCUGUGGAAAGGAAUUGAAGCUUACGACAACUUGGUUACCUUGAUGUUUCGUGGAAAGGCUCCUACCUGUGAUGUUUCUUGGUUACCUUGAUGAUGAUGUGUGGAAAGCGCUGGCUGAGCUAAGCUAUUUCUAUAGACAGCUUUGUGCUAAAGAAAUCAAGAAAGCUAUGAUGGAGAAGUUGGAGAAAGAGAUACCGGUGCUUAUAUGUAAAUUGGAAAAGAUAUUUCCUCCAGGGUUUUUUAAUCCGAUGCAGCAUCUUCUUGUUCAUCUUCCUUAUGAAGCAAAGGUUGGCGGCCCUGUGCAGUAUAAGUGGAUGUAUCACAUUGAAAGGGCCCUCAAAUAUCUUAGAGCAAUGGUGGGCAAUAAGGCAAGAGUAGAAGGUUGCAUUGCCGAAGCAUUUUCACUUAAGGAGAUAUCAUAUUUCUCCAGUGUAUAUUUUGUGGACGAACACAAUGUCAAUGCUCCUACAAUACGUUACAAUGUGGAUGACAAUCCUCCUACCAGUGACCUCAAAAUAUUUCAAUGGAGGGGCACAACUUCCAGUAGUAGCAGCACGCCCUACUACAUACUCAAGAAGAACGAACUUCUGCUUUGCUCUACAUGUAUACCAAUAUGGAAGAGAUGGAACCGUAUUUCAUAAUUAGAGGUCUAAACAACAACCUACGAACAAGCAACUAGUUGCGAUGCGACGGCGUGGGAUAAACAGAGGACCUAAUUUCAUCGACUGGU